GGUUUGUUUCCUUAAGCGACUUUAACAGCUUGGUGAACUUCCAUAGAAACUGGCUUAUUGGGCCAGACCCUAGUGAUGGGCAUUUGGGAUUUCCAGAUUCCCCUAUUAUAAGCCACACAGCGAUGGGCCCUCAUUGCCUACUUGUUUAUUUUCUUGUAACAAGUUCCUAGAAGCAGCAAUACUGGGUCACAAGGUUUGGCCAUUUUUUAAGACCCUGGAUACCCAUCAAACUCCCCUCACAUUCAGCAGGACCAGGUGUCCAAUCCAAAUCCACUUUCCUCAAGGCCAAGUCUUGUUCACACCCCUCCCAGCAGCAGCUGUGUGUGCCCCCAACCCACCUCCACUUCUAGAGUAAGGCCAAAGUCCUCCUCCAGGCCUGGCCACCUGCCUUGUUUACCUGGCCCAUCCCAGUCCCAGGUGAGUCAGCUGAGCAGGGUAGGCGCCACCCUUCCCAGAGCAGGAACUCAGCUGGGACAAGGGCCACCACCUUCCAGGGAGAGGAACAGACACUCUGGGCAGUGGCUGGAGAAGGACGUGCAGCAGCAGCUGGCCUGCAGGGUGUUCCAAGGAGCAGCCAUGUCCGCCCUGUACCCAUCUCUGGAGGACCUGAAGGUGGACCAGGUAAUUCAGGCCCAGGCCAGAGCCGCGUCCAGGAUGCCUGCCCUGCCAGUCCAGGGGACAGCCGUCUCCCAGCCUUCAGUUUUAUACCCAAACCUGGCAGAGCUGGAAAAUUAUAUGGGUCUUUCCCUCUCCAGCCAAGAAGUCCAGCAGAGCCUGCUGCAGAUUCCAGAAGACGCCAGUACGGUGGUCUCGGGCCCCUCGCCGGGCCAGGUGGUGGCGCCGGUGUCCGGGAACAGCCUGGGCGCGCGGCGUGCGGAGAUCAAGCCCGGGGUGCGCGAGAUCCACCUGUGCAAGGACGAGCGUGGCAAGACCGGGCUGCGGCUGCGGGCCAUCGACCAGGGGCUCUUUGUGCAGCUGGUCCAGGCCAACACCCCCGCAUCCCUCGUGGGGCUGCGCUUUGGGGACCAGAUCCUGCAGAUUGACGGGCGUGACUGUGCUGGGUGGAGCACCGACAAGGCCCAUCGGGUGGUGAAGAAGGCAGCGGCGGAGAAGAUCGUCAUGGUUGUUCGGGACAGGCCGUUCCAGCGGACCAUCACCUUGCACAAGGACAGCACGGGCCUCGUUGGCUUUGUCAUCAAGAAGGGGAAGGUCGUCUCUGUGGUCAAAGGGAGUUCCGCGGCCCGCAACGGGCUCCUCACCAACCACUCCGUGUGCGAGGUGAACGGGCAGAACGUCAUUGGGCUGAAGGACAAAGAGGUCACGGAGAUUCUGGCCAAGGCUGGGAAUGUUGUCACCCUGACCAUCAUCCCCACGGUGAUCUACGAGCACAUGGUCAAAAAGUUGUCCCCGACCCUGCUCCACCACACCAUGGACCACUCCAUCCCAGAUGUCUAAAGCCACAGGAGGGCAGCUCAGCCCUCCGCCCUUCUGCAGGAAGGGGCAGAGUCCUCAGACGGGUUGCAGAGGCCUGCUGCCUGGGGGCGUGUUCCCGUUGGGGCGACAUCGGAUCACGUGGGCCUUAUUCAUACACAGGCCUCCUGAAGCCUCAGACUCUCAACUGGGCUCGGGCCCGGGCAGGGCCCCAGGCAGCCGGGUCUGUGCCAGUUUAAAUGCUGGGCACGUAGGCAGGCCCGCUAAACGCUUCUUAAAGUUGUAGUGGGGUCCCUUUCAAGAUUUUGCCACUGCCAGAAAAAUAGUUCCGUGUUUUAAGAGAACAGAAAUACAAUCUUUGUGAAAAUUGUUUCUUUUUCUUUUACUUGCUCUUUGUCACAAACUGUAUAUAGUUGUAAUUCUUCACUUCUUUUGAAUAAAGAUUUGAUUUUAA